CGACCAGAAAAAGGCGCUGUUGUUCAAGGGGAUACACAUCUCAUUUUGGUUGCGGUAUAUAUUUUUUAUUUUCUAAUUUAAGAAAUGAGCGGAAAACUUUUAAUGCGUCCCGUGUUUCAGUCUCAGUAUACGCUUUCAGACGAAAGCGCGUGUACAGACGGAUCCGACGAUCGGUUGGUUGAUCGGGAACGCGUUGUCAUUUUUCCGACAGCUUUAUAAACUAGCAGGUAAACUUGAAAAAAUAAACCGUGCCAGAAAGCUUUAUAACGACGUUAUACCUAAAGACUUGAAAACACCUUUUAAAAAUACUUUGAUCUGUGUUGACUCCAUUAUAGGCUGUUUGCGCUUUUAUACGUUUUGUUAUUUGCACUGUUUGGAUAAGUUGGUUUGGAUUAAAAGCCAAAGGACGUUGUCAAGUUGGAAGCUUUGCCUGUGAAAUAGUGCUGAAUAUUUAUGAUUUAUGGUUAAGACAGUCUCUUUAAUGCAUAGAGAUAACUGUAUUCGGUUCGCGUUUACGGCGACGAAAUCAACCUGAGGAGUUUAUACGAAGUUUGUGCGCGAGCUGACAAACCAGCUGUAGUGUGAAUUCAAAGUUACUGACUACAUUUUUGGAUCAAACUGACACGGUUUUCAUUUAAACAUCUUAAAAAAUGCGAUAGACUCUAAAAAGCACCACUGCCGAUUUAAAUAGGCUGGCUGUUUUGGGGUGAGGCCUGCUGGUCGGGCUUUUAUCGCGUGCAAUUUAGGGCUAAGGCCGCGUCAGAGCGCUUUUAGCUCGGUCGUGAGUGACGCGCAGCGUCGGUGCUGGAGGACGAGCUAUGGAAAGAAUGGAGGUGGACCAGUGCGCAGGCGCAGGAGGAGCCCUCCGAAGGUCGAACAGCGCCCCCAUGAUCACCAAUGUCAGUGAUGGGAUGACAGUAUUCAGCUCUAAUAGUUCAGCCCGAUAUCGUCGGAGCAGCGUGUCUGUAAAUCCGAGCUGUCCCUCUCGUAUCCUCCCUCUCUCCCCGUUCUCGCUGCCAUGUGAGAGAUCAGAGCACAAAAGACAGAUAGAACAAAAUGUGGCACUUACUCUGAGAGGGAGCUUACAGAGACUGAGUGCCACUCCUGCCGCCACCUUCCCUCCUGCGAGUCAUUGGCAUGAUCAUUUGUCGCCAGGAUUUCAUUCCCAGGACAGCGGUGUCACUCCGAAUUCCUCGCCCAGUCCAACUCGAAGGUUUCGAGGAGGAUCUGUAAGCUCUGGAGUGAGGUGGCCGUCAGUUGUACCUUUAAAAAGAAAAGGUGGAGUUGAAUCAGAUGGCCCGCCCAAAAAGCUCUUUGUUGCUGGAGUCACAGACCCUGCCCACAUUACAAGUUACACAGUCAGUGUUUCUCAGUCAAUGGACUCUUCUUCCGGGGCAGCACCUGUAGGUUCAAACACCCAGGUCGGCCAUCUCUCGCUUUCCCAAUCCCCACCUUUCUCCUCUCAUCACCCUGGCAUCUAAACACCAGUGUUCAUCUAGAGCUUUAGACUCCUAAAUGAAGGCCAAGCUUUGGUCUAAAAUAGUUUCUGUCUUCUCAUUUUUUCUGGGUGCUUUCGGUCUCAAUUCAUUCUGAAGGAAAUUCAUCCAGAUCACAACUUUGAUUUGGAAGAAUUCAAAGCGCAAUAUAUGAAGUCAAUGUCAGAGUAUUGGAUGUUUCCAAAAUGACAGCAAAGUCUGUCAGGUGAAGCCUGUUCAGUCAUUUGUAAAUAACUGUUUUACCAGAGUAAGGAUCUUCGGUGCCUAUGAAAUAUUACCUUGUCUAUCUAAAAUAGUAUUGCAAUAACGGAUUACAGUGAAACAAUCUUAGUGUUUAAAAGAUUACAGAUUUAAUUUUGACAAAAGGACUACUUUGUUUUACCAACUUUUCGCAGUGUAGUUCAGACUUGCUGCAAUGACGUCUUUGUAAUUGGUACAUCAUUAGCUUCCAUUAAUGGGGUCCAAAAGUCUAAAAACCAGAUCCAGAUUGAGCAAAACGCAUCUUGAAGAACAGACAAUAAGGAAAAAAGUAUUAAAUACUGUUGGGAGUAGUUGCCAACUGUUGUAAAUAUGUGUAUAGUGUAUAAAGAUGUGAAUAAUCAGAUAUUAUUUUUGGUAGGUUUUAAACCUACAUUCUUUUAUGUUUGUCCCAGGUGUCUGAUAUUUGUAAAUAUGUUUAUUUUUACAUGUUCAUGUUAGCCUGGGCCUUUAUUCUUCAAUAUUCUUCAGUAAUUUUUGAAAAUAGUACCAAAGCACUCAGGCAUCUCCCACAAUUUGAUUAGGUUUUCAGAUUACUCAGACAUUCAGAUUUAUCAAUGAGUACUGUAUUACAUGGAUGUCUCACGCCAUGCCUACACUGCAGGGCGAGUGAUGCGACAAAACUAGAAUGAUUGAUGCUUAAAGAAAACAAAGCCUAAUUUUAGGACAAUUAGGUUGUUUGGAGUGCAGUAUAACCCAAGUAUGCCCUUAAAGGAUUUAGCUCAACAUUCUGUACAAUACAGCAUGUAACUUUAAUGGUUUGAUCAUUGAUGGAUGACAGUAUCGUUCUAGUUUUGUGGCAUCACAUGGCUUGCUCAGUGCAUCUUAAGAGGACGUGUUUAAGUUAAUUCUUAAAGACUUGAAGAGCAGAGAUGCUAAACUUUUUUGAAACUGAAUUAUGUACAGACGUUUAUAAGUUUAAACACCUGCAUGGGAUGGGCUAUUGUAUAAAUGGGAUAUAAAAAUGUACAAGAAACCAUUUUUACAUUCAUACAAUCAUGAUGUUAGUGGAUAUCAUAUUUUUCUUAUUUGUCCUAUUUGCACAGUGUUAGAUAUUAAUGUUAAUCAAUUUUGCUGUUACAUGAGUGGGAUCAUUUACUUUUAUUGUAAUGGAUCUUGUUUGUAUGUUUUACGUUUCAGUCUGAUUUGGGAAAUGUUUUGGGGUUUUUGUUAGUCUGUCUGUUUCAAGUGUGUCUUUAUGUUUUUAGCAUAGGAUGAACUUGACUGAUUUUUUACUUUCAGACUGACUGUUUUAGAUUGUGGCUUUAUUUCUGAUGGUUUUGGAUAAUCAUAAUGAGUCACAUGUUGAAGUUCUUACAAUAGCCCUUGAGCAAACAGAACUGGAAUCCCAUCACUAACAUCGGCAAUUUUCGAAUAUAACUUUAUGACAAAAUGCAUUUUAUCUGUGGCACCUUUUUUUUUUUAUUAAAUUUUUGCAGACAUACAAAAAUAUGACAUUAGUUACAAAAUGGAGCAAGUUGUCUGAAGCUG